AUGGAGAAAUAUUUCAAAAAAGUACCUCCUCCGGAAUCUGAUGCCAAAGCUGAUGAUUUGCCAUCUAACCUUGGUGAAAGGAAAGACAAAAGAAAAUCUCCUCCAAUAGAUAAUACCGAUAUUGAAGAUUUGCCAUCUGACCCUGGUGAAAGAAAAGAUAUAAUGGAGUAUCUUUCGCAUCAAAGAGACGAGGUUAGACGCAAAUAUCUAACUAAAGGUCCAUGUCAACCUUAUGGUCAUACAUUUAAACAAAUAUUGAAAAGUGGUUCAUUAAGACGAUUCAAUCCAGCUUGGUUUGAUCAAUAUGGUAGUUGGCUAGAGUAUAGCAUAUCAAAAGAAAGGGCAUUUUGUUUAUAUUGCUAUCUAUUUAAAGAUGAGAUACGGAUGCAAGGUGGAAGUGAUGCAUUUGUGAAAGAAGGGUUUAAUAGUUGGAAUAAGCCAGAUAGAUUGCGUACUCAUAUGGGUAAACCGCCCAACAGUUUUCAUAUUAUUGCUGCUCAGAAAUGUGAGGAUUUGAUGAAUCAAAAUCAGUCUAUAGUACAUGCUUUGUUUAAGCAAGAUGAUAAGGUGAAAAAUGAGUAUCGCAUUCGCUUAACUGCUUCGAUUGAUGCUUCCAGAUUCUUGUUACGACAAGGAUUAUCUUUCCGUGGCCAUUUCGAAAAAGAAGAAGCUGUGAAUAAAGGAAACUUCUUGCAGCUUCUGAAAUACACAGGAGAACAAAAUGAAACCAUAAGUAAGGUCAUUCUGAGUAAUGCUCCAGGAAAUAAUCAGAUGGUUUCUCCAUUAAUUCAAAAGGAUAUUGUCCAUUCAUUUGCAGAAGAAGUACGACAAGCUAUUUUAGAAGAAAUUGGUCAUGAUGUGUUUGGCUUGCUGGUUGAUGAGUCUGCAGAUGUUUCUCAUAAGGAGCAGAUGGGCGUUGUUUUUCGAUUUGUUGAUAAAAGAGGAGCAAUCAAAGAAAGAUUUAUUGGAGUUGUUCAUGUAAAAGAAACGUCUUCUCUAGCUUUGAAAUCUGCUAUAGAUGAUUGUUAGAAACAUAAUGCUGGAAUGCUCAUCAUGGAAGACGAUUUUGUUAAUCCAAAGAAUCCAAGAAAGAGAAGCAACAUAACCAAUAUGCAUCAUUAUAAGGUCAAUUGCUUUUGCACAGUUCUAGAUUUACAGAUUCAAGAGUUCAAUGAUCGUUUUACAGAGGUAACCACUGAUCUACUUAUUUGUAUGGCUGCUUUAAGCCCGACUGAUUCGUUUUAUGCGUUUGACAAGGAGAAGCUGGUGAGAUUAGCUAAGUUAUAUCCAGAAGAUUUUACCUAUGGUGAGAUUUUAUCUCUAGAGCAGCAACUUGAUAUCUACAUUGAUAAUAUACGUAGAGAUGAAAGGUUUAAGAGUGUGGAGAAUCUUGGAGAUCUUUCUUGUUUGAUGGUGAAAACUCAAAAGCAUAUUGCACAUCCUUUGGUCUACAGGCUUUUAAAGUUAGUUCUAACUUUGCCGGUUGCCACCGCAAGUGUUGAAAGAUGUUUUUCAGCUAUGAAAUUAGUGAAAACAGCUGCACGUAACCGAAUUGGAGAUCAGUUUCUAAGUGAUUGUAUGGUCUGCUUUGUUGAAAAAGAGUUGCUUGACUCUGUUUCAAAUGAGAAAGUGAUAGAAAGGUUUCAAAAGAUGAAUGAGCGUAGAGUUGUUUUGUAA